AUGUCACUAACUUAUUUAGUCUCUAUCAAAAAUGCUGGAAAAGUUUAUGAUAUCGAACUUGAGCAGGAAGAUACUGGAUUGAUAUUCAAGCAAAAGAUUAAAGAUGUCACAGGUAUCCCCGAACUGAGACAGAAGAUACUAGUUAAAGGAGGAAAGAUCGAUGAUGAACUAGUUAUGUCUUCUUUAGGUUUGAACUUGAAGCAACCAAUAAUGGUACUUGGAACGCCGGACAAGAAUUUGCCAUCUAACCCAGCAACGAAACAAGUGUUCUUGGAAGACAUGAAUGAGUCUCAGUUGAAUAAUGUAGGUUCAGGUCCAUCGGGACUUGUGAAUCUAGGAAACACUUGCUAUUUGAACUCCUCGCUUCAAGCAAUAUAUCAAAUUGACGAUUUAGCAAGUAAGAUCAGUGAAUUUAAGUCAAGCGGUAUUAAUUCAACACCUAACGAAACGUUGACUGCGUCUUUGAAAAAUACUUUUAAUCAGAUGUCCCAAAAGCAAGAACGGAUAAACCCUACGUUGUUCUUGGCUCUUUUCAGAAAUGUUUUUCCACAAUUUGCUGAACGAAGUGAUCAUGGGUUUUACAAGCAGCAAGAUGCAGAGGAAGCGCUUUCUCAACUUCUUACUGUUGUAAACCAAGCAUUGAAUACAAAUGAUUAUUUUAGGUUGAGUUUCAAGAUUAAGGAAAAAUGCUUAGCAAUUCCGGAUGAGGAAGCUAAAAUAUCUUAUGAUGAUGCGUUCAAGCUUAAUUGUCACAUCGAUAUCAAAACCAAUUUCUUGAGGGAUGGAAUAAUAAACGGAUUAUCGGAAACUAUUGAGAAAUACAACGAUACUCUCCAGUCCAACACUGAAUACGAACUAAAAAGGACUAUCACAAGACUACCAAAAUAUCUUAUAAUUCAUUUUAUGAGAUUUUUCUGGAGAAGAGAUACUCAAAAGAAGUCGAAGAUUUUAAGGAGAGUCCAAUUUCCCUUCGAGCUAGAUCUUGCCGAAAUGCUCGAUGAUUCGAUUAAACCAGAAAAGGCUGCUGUUAGAGAUAAAAUUAGAAAAAUUGAAAAAGAUAAUUUGGAGUUGAUUAGAGAUUUCAAAAAAGCUAAGAAAAACGUUGCAUUAAAUCCGGUUGAACAACAAGAAGAAGAUGAGCUAAAGGUUGCAUCAAUUAAAUCAAGAUUUGAGGAUGAAUUGGCUAAGGUUUUGCCAAAAGAUUUUAAUAUUCACAGCAGCAGCGAAAAUCCUUCAUCAGUCUACGAAUUAACUGCUGUUGUUACACACGCCGGCUCCUCCGCAGACUCUGGUCAUUAUCAAGCCUUUGUGAGAGAUCCAAAUGAUUUGGAUAAAGAAAGAUGGUGGAAAUUCAAUGACGACAAGGUCAGUUCAGUAAAUAGAGAGAAAAUUGAAGCUUUAGCGGGAGGUGGUGAAAGCGAUAGUGCUCUUCUUCUAUUUUACAAGGCAAUGGGAUUAUAA